UUGUGUGGACUAUAAUAAAAUUGCACUUUAGCAGUUAUUCUGCAAGUUUGUUCCUCUGUUCUCCGCUUUCGAUUGUUUACAAGAUUUGAGGUGUGUGGACGGAGCACCUGUGAGACAGCGGGACUGGCCACAUUGCUGCUUUCCACGUGUAUUAAAGACAAAGUGAAGGACAUUUAUAUUCCGCCAUAUACACGUAAGCAGAACCUACCUGAGCAUGUCGGUGGAAUCCACCCCAAGCACUAAUGACCACACAUCCACCUUCGCAUAUGAGGAUUCUGAUGUGGAACGUAUUUUGAAGCGUGUUGAAUCUUUUCAGUUGGAGGUUUCCAACUUUUCACCAGAAUAUGACGCUGGAAAACAGUUAUUGAACCUGCAAAAGAAAGAGAUCAGCCUUACACUGCAUGUUAGCACUUUGGCCCAGUAUAUUAAACAAAAGCGCAUCCCAAGAGGCUUGCGGCUGGACAUUAAGCCUAAUCUAGGCAUUGAAGACCCUGCCUUUAACCAACAGUGGUUUGCCAUAUGCAAUAAAUGUAGCCUGGACCUGAUGCUACUAUCAGUCGAUAAUCUCUCUACGCAAGUGGAGACAAUUAGAUCAGAUAUUGAAAAACUCCGUACACAAAUAAUUGCGGAUAAAGGUGAGGAAGAAGCCGUUAAAAUCUUCUCACAGCAGCGUGAACCACUCAAUAGACUGCGUGAGCAGGUCGCAAUUAAAAAAGCAUCGAAACUAGAAAGAGACGCGAACGAUUAUCUUCAAAACCGGGUCUAUACAUGGCGGGAGGACCGUUACCAGCAGAGGGAAGACCGCUCCUACCUGAGAGAAGAUCGUGGCCGCCAGAGGGAGUAUCGCGGCAGAGGAACGUACCGGAAAGCAGAGGGACAGUAUUGGCAACGCACCAGAGGAAGUUCCCGGACCGGAUUGCCAGCCCCACACGGAUACUCGCACCAGAACUAUCGCUCCACUCCAAAUGCUGCACAUAUGGAGUCAUAUGCGUCCAGCAGCAGCGACGAUUACAGCCCAUCCACCUCCAGCCAGCCUUUUUUAGAUGUGGAUCCACGGGAAAAGGGCUAUCCACCGAAGCGCUCAUACAAAAACCCUCGAGCACCUAUACCAAGGGAGCAAUAUCCACAGAGACUCCACUCCAAGCCGAGAUUUUGAGAAAAACCUACAUUUCUACUGUGGGUUCACGUUGAGAUUCUUAUCUUGGACUUUUAGAACACAGUCGACACUUUUCACCGCUUGCACAUACAUAUUGCCACCUUAACAUGUAUUACAUGUUUUUAUAUUUAUAUUUAUAUUUAUUGUUAAACCUCUAUGAUGGGUGGGGGCGGGGUGACACACCCCCAGGUGUGGUUAUAUAAUGUUGUACUUUGCACUGGCACUUCACACUUGAAAAAGGGCCUGUGAGGCCCGAAACAUGUUGUGUGGACUAUAAUAAAAUUGCACUUUAGCAGUUAUUCUGCAAGUUUGUUCCUCUGUUCUCCGCUUUCGAUUGUUUAAAUGAUAACUUGGUAUCUGGGUAGAAAAGUUUGUAUCUAGCCAGAUUUAAAUUCUAAGGUAUGUCUGUUUCUUAAUAACUCGUUACCUAAUUUAUUUAUAACUGUCUGAAUUUUAUUUCCUGUUAUCAGGGCCGGGCCGUGCUGACAGAGCGCCCUAGGCAGCCGGCAGGAUACCCCUGCCAGUGUGCGCGCCCGGAACUCUAAGAGCAGACACGCGCUGAGAAGUGCGCACUCGCAAUUGUGCGCAUGCGCAAGAGCACAUUCGCACAAUAACCAGGCCAAGGGGAAGGGCACGGGAGGUAGUGACCGAACUAUCGGGUAGGCAGAAAACGUUUUAUUAGGUACCUGCCCAGCGCCCCCACAUCUUU